CAUCAGUUUAGAGUGAAAAUUUAAAGCAGUAAGACACGAGUUAUCUAACAAUGGUGUUAUCAAUGGACCGCUGGAGAGGCAAAGUCGCCAUCGUAACCGGAGCCAGUGCCGGCAUUGGCGCCGCUAUCGCCAAACAGCUAGUCGAAGAAGGCCUCCAGGUGGUGGGUUUAGCCCGACGUUCCGAACGCGUUGAAGAACUCGCCAAACAACUCGAAGGUAAAAAAGGGAAACUCUACGCACUAAAAACUGACAUAUCGAAAGAAGAAGAUAUUUUGAAAGCUUUCAAGUGGGUAUCAGACAAUUUAGGGCCCGUCCACAUCUUGAUAAACAACGCCGGAAUCAUCCAACAAACCAAUCUAACAGAAGGCGACACCGAAAAAUGGAAGAAAAUUUUCGACACGAACGUCCUCGGUUUGUGCAUUGCCACCAGAGAAGCCGUCAAAAUCAUGAAAGCUAACAAAAUUGACGGCCACAUUGUUCACAUCAACAGUAUAGCAGGUCAUGGUGUACCUAAUUAUCCGGGAAUGAACGUGUAUCCGGCGUCUAAACAUGCUGUGACGGCUCUCACGGAAACUCUGAGGCAAGAGUUGAACCAUUUGGGGCUUAAAAUUAAAAUUACGAGUGUGAGUCCAGGUGGAGUGGCCACUGAAAUUGUUCAGACUAAUGAGUUUAUAAUGGAUCCUAAAUUGGCGGAACAGUUUAAGGAUUUUCCUUUUUUACAAUCGGAAGAUGUUGCUGAUUCGGUGCUGUAUGUGUUGUCCACGGCUCCUCAUGUUCAGGUGCAUGAAUUGACCAUAAAACCAAUCGGAGAAAAAUUUUAAUUUAUAGUUGACAAUGUAAAACGGCAAAUAAAGAAAUAUAAUGUG